AUGCGUCACUUCAUCGCCGCUUCAGUCAUCAUCGGCGCCGCAGUCGCCCAGACCGCAAAGGACAUCAUUGCGUGUGCCGAAGCCGCCAUCAGCAACGGCGACACAUACUCAUUCUCAAACUGCGACGGCAAGUCUGCCCAAGACUGCUUCUGCAGCAACAGCGACGCCAUCUCAAGCCUGAGCCCCUCCACCGCAAGCGCCUGCUCAGGCAUCGACAUAAACACCCUAAUUGACAGUCUCUGCCCCUCAAACUCAACCUCAACUUCAACUGCAGCCUCACGCGAGACCCACACCACCCCCUUCCGCCACGCCAGCAAGCCAAUGGAGCGCGUGCAGGCCCCGAAUGCACACAUGAACAUGAACAUGGAGCGCGCCUACGCACCCGCCGAGCCCGCCGUCCCACGCGUCGUCUACGUGACCGAGACGCGCACCGACUGCAGCUGCAAGACCACGCCCGCUUCCAUGGCUCAUGUCUCGCAGAUCCCAGUCAAUGUGCCGGCUAGCUCUAGCAUGUCUGGUAUGAUCGCUGCGUCGUCAGCUGCUCCCUCUGCUUCUUACUCGCAUGGUAUGAUGGUUAAUGCUGCUUCUUCGUCUGUUGUCUUUGGAUCGCAGGCUUCGGCUGCUACGCCUUCGCCAUCUGGUGUUGAUGCCAACCGUUUCAGCUCUUUCCAGGGGGCUGGUGCUAAGAGUGUUUCCGUGCAUGGUGGUGUUGCUGCUCUUGGUGUUGCUGCUGUUAUGGCUCUUAUGGCUGCCUUGUAA